AUGAUGAUGUCACCUUUGGGUUUUGCUAAUCUAUAUCUAUUGAUGGGGCUAAGUGUAUCAAUAAUAAUAACAACGCCAUGUGCAUCUGUUGCUUUGGCAGAUUGUAAUGCAUCUGGAUAUUGCACACUAAGUGCUGACUCCUUAAGUUGCCUUAGUUUACCUUGCUAUAAAAUAAAUGAAGUUGGAGCUUGCCGAGAUGCAACAGCCGUAGCUUACGAUGCAGCAUUGUGUUCUGGAUUGAGUUAAUUGGAUUUACGAUAUGAUAAUGUUUGCGGUCCUUUGGGAUAGUUGGACUAUGCUUAUGUAAGAUUACCAAUUCAGAAAACAGGAUCAGCAACGUAUUCAACAACUGGGAUGACGGUGAGUUAAAUAUUGGCAGAAACAGUAGCAGCCACAAGAAAUAAUUUAUUAACAUAGUUAUUUAGUCUAAAUUUGUAUGCAGCAAGCAAUACGGAGUUGAAUUCAAUUUUAUCUCUUUAUAUUGCCUAUAAAGAUGACAUGACAGGAGUGACUGGCUUCACAAUGUCCCACCCUUACUAUAUGGAGAAAGCCAUCUAUGCUGCUCUCCAGAAUUUUAGAGAUGACACUGAUGCAGCUAAGGUUCUAACAACUACAUUAACAAAUGUUUGGACUUUGAGUGAUACGUUGUUGUUGAGACUGAGAACUUUUCGUAAAUUUUAUUCAACUAGUUACUUUUUUGUGAACUUCGCUCACACUCAAUUCAGCAGAACAUACUUAUCAGUAAAGGCAUAGUACAGUGUAUUCUCAUUGAAAUGGAAACAAUACAGCAGUAAUGGAUAUGUGUAAUUGAUAACAUUUGUUCCUAACUAAUUCUCCGGGUUUAGUGCAGCACUUAGCGACGCAAUAAUGUUCAAUAUUAUCGACACAACUGGGACUGCUUACGUUCUUACAUACACUUUAACUUGGUUGAUCACUGACAAUACGAAGAUUACAUGUGCAGCAGAAACUACGUCAUUUUUGCACGUUAUUGAUAGAAAUACUCUCGUUGAAUCGACACCCACUGUGGAUAUCCACACUUAUUGUAGUAUUAGUGGGACAACGAGAAGAUGUGACAUUCCCAGCACAGUUAUUGAUGCAUAGACUCCUGCGGGAAAGGCAUUUUAUAUAGCCUGUUCAUGA